ACAAAAAAAGAAGCGAAUAAAGCCGGGGAAAAGGCUUUUUUUUAUCUUUUUAAAGGGGAAUAACUCACAAAGCCAAGUAAACCCUUUAUCAUGCCCAAGAACGGAGGUACCGGCCACCGCAACAGGCCCAGAAAGCGCCAAACGCCAGCGGUGCAACUGGAUGAGGAGAAUCCCAUUGUCCAGGCCUUUCGCAACUAUUCCAACGAACUGACCAUGAAACACGAUCGCCACGAGCGGAUCGUCAAGCUGAGUCGCGACAUUACCAUCGAGUCCAAGCGGAUCAUCUUUCUGCUGCACUCCAUCGACUCGCGCAAGCAGAACAAGGAGAAGGUCCUGGAGGAGGCCCGCCAGCGCCUGACCAAGCUAAUCGAGGUGAACUUUAGGGCUGUGGCUCUGGAGCUGCGCGACCAGGAUGUCUACCAAUUUCGCGCCGCCUACUCGCCGGGAUUGCAGGAGUUCAUUGAAGCGUACACCUACAUGGAGUACCUCUGCUAUGAGGAUGGGGAAGGCGAGAACGAAACCAAGAGCGUCUCUGACUGGCAGGCCAUCCAGUCGGUGAUGCAGUACGUCGAGGAGAGCAGCCAGCCCAAGCAAACCGAAGGCGAAGAAUGGAGGUGGUUCCUCUGGGAGAAGGAAAGCCCCAAGAAAUUCCAGUUCUUUGUGGACCCCACUGAAUACAUACUGGGUCUCUCCGAUCUCACUGGGGAACUCAUGCGCCGCUGCAUAAAUUCGCUGGGCAGUGGCGAUACUGACACCUGUUUGGAGACCUGCAAGACCUUGCAGCACUUCUACACUGGUUACAUCAGUCUGAACUGCCAGAGGGCCCGGGAACUAUGGCGGAAGAACACCAUGAGGCAGAGCGUGCUGAAGGCCGAAAAUGUCUGCUAUAAUGUAAAAGUACGCGGUGGAGAGGCUGCCAAAUGGGGAGCCACUUUUGACCAAAAGCCAGCUGAAGAUGUCGACGAAGGCUUCUACUAGACAUAAGUUUACAACAAUGGAAUAUAUAUAUAUUGAAUCAACUAUUUGGUAAAUGUAGCUUAU